AGCGGGACUCUUGUUGUGCACCUACCACCACGAUGGACGACUAUCCGAUGUAUGGGUUGCUAGUUGGGUUCUCUCUCUGGGGGACCCUCUGGCGCCUCCUCUUUCCUCUAGGGUUUUGGCACGCGAUGACGUGUAGAGUAGACACACGGGGUGGUACUUCCACCAAGCCAUAUUCAAAGGAAGAGGAGGAGAAGAUGGCCGCCAUUCUGCAAGAGAGGAAGGAGAAGAAGGAGGCCAAGAAGAAGGCCUUGAAGGAGGAGCAGGCGGCCAAAUUGAAGAAGAUAGAAGAAGAGAUGGCCAGGGAGAAGGAGAGAAUAAAGAAGGAAGAGGAGGCGAAGUUGAAAGAGGUGGACGAGGAAGAGGAGGAAGGACCGCCACUGCAAAAGAAGAGUGGGCAGCACAGUGGCAGCAAGGAUGAAGAGAUGGAGAAGCGGAUUUCAGAAUGGGUCGCCAACUUGUCCUUGGGUGAAGAGGAAGAGGUUGCUAUGUACAUCCCCAAGGAUGAGCAAGAAGCCGCCAUGAAAAAAUGGGAAGCAGAGGAAGGUGUUCUGACGCGGCGGGCGAUGGAGGAUGAACAGAGGAUGGCGUGGAAGCUCGCGAUGAUGACGGAGAAGAAGAGAAGAGUGGAGGCGGCGAAUGCAGCAAUACAGGAAUUGGAGGAGGUGCAAAAAUUGAGGUUACAAUUGACACCCCAGGUAGAUCUCGAGCGGAAGGUGGAGAUCAUCGCCCAGAGCGUCGAGCAAUUAGCCAAGGUGCAAGAAAAGCACUAUGAAUUUAGUCGCAGCCAGGAGAUAUCUGUGCGUUCGAUGCGAAUGAGAUUACGGGACUUUGCUCGCGAAUUAGUAGGCGCUGUGGGGUCCGAGGUAAGUCACCGCCUCGAGAAGACUGAGCGUUUUUGUGUCGGCGCCAUUGAGGGCGUCAAGGUGGCAGCUCCCAAGGAGGAGGAAACUCGUCCUCGCAGGGAGCCAGUCAAAGUCAAAUUCCCUAAUUCCUACAGUGGAAAAAGGGAAGAGAACUUUGACAAUUGGGAGGCCAAUGUCAGGACCUAUGUGCAUCUGCAACAGGUCUCCCGGGAUCAGCAGGUCCUAAUUGCGAUCCACGCGCUUAAGGAUGAGGCCACUAGGUUUGCAAGGUCCCUUGUUCGUGUUGCCAACUGCAGUGACGAUCCAGUUGCAUACUCCACAUUCACCCCCCUCGUUGAGUUCCUGAAAUUGUUGCGCGAGCGAUUUGUCGAUGUCGCUCGUAGUGUUAAAGCGUCAGAUAGGCUGCAGACGAUCCACGCCUGCAAGUGGAAGAGUGCCAGGGCACUCAAGAGUACAAUGGAUGAGCUAGUGGCUGUCCCUGACCAUGGGGUUACGGACACCCAGUUGGUCAGCCUCUUCUAUCGGGCCAUACCCGAAGCCCUUCGGGGGCAUUUCUUCGCAAAGAGCAAAGACCCUGCCACUACGUAUGAUUCUCUUAGUCGUGAAGUAGUGGCUUUUGAAGCCACGUCUGCAUCUGUGUCCACCUUCUGGCACAAAGACUUGGAUAAGGGAAAGCAAUGGAAGGGCCGCACUAUUUCUGGGCAAGUGAAGACUAAGGAUAGCCUUGUCCUGACCUUAGAUGAGGGUAGGGUGGACGAGAUCCCCUACGAUCAGAUUAAGUGGGGGUUCGAGGAGGGGGACAGUAGUGUGGGCCAGGGGAGGACUUACGCUGCUGCCGCGGCUGGAGGGAGGCCGCAAGGAGGACGAGGACAGGGCCAAGGGGGUCGGGCCUCAGGGAGCCGGUUCCAGGGCGAUCAGGGGGUUGGCGGCCGAGGAGGAAACCACCAAGCGGGAGGCAGGGGUCAAGGUCCCCCGCAAAACCGUCCUAGGAACAGGUCUCCCUAUAGGGCGUAUUUCCGCCUAGAGAAAGAUGGGAAGGUGGAGAAGGUCCUCCACUCCCUGACUCUCCUCGUAGAGGACAGCCUCCCGUUUGAUAUUGUGCUAGGAAUGGAUUGGGGAGAGGCAGCUGGGGCCACGCUCCAUUUGAAGGAGCACGAGUGUAGGCUCCCUAGUGCUGCAGGCGAGGCUAAGACUGCCCGCCUGUUCCAUGCGUCAGGAGUAGAGAAUUCAUUGGCACAUUGCUGCCUCAGUGCUCCUGCGUUAGUCAGAUUAGUGAAGAAGGAGCACUUAGAGGAACAGGUCUUUGUUGCCUAUGUUAGGCCAGUCACUGAGCCUAAGGAAAAGAAGCCCGUAGACCCUGCUAUUGCCAAAUUGCUGGAAGAGUUUAAGGAUUUAACUGAGCCGCCGACAGGCACGGUGUCGCGGUCCAUCCAACACCGUAUUGAGAUAGAGCCUGGCAGUAGAACUCCUAAGGGUGCUGUGUAUAGGAUGUCCCCGCGGGAGUUAGAGGAGCUGUGGAAGCAGUUGGACGAGCUCCUUGAAAAGGGUUGGAUUAGGCCCAGUUCAUCUCCUUUUGGAGCCCCUGCUCUCUUUGUCCCUUAGAAAGAGGGAGAGCUGAGGAUGUGUAUAGACUAUAGAGGUCUGAAUGCCAUUACAGUGAAGAAUGUUGAGCCAUUGCCUAGGAUA